AUGGCUCCGUCAGUGAUAGACGAGGAGAAGGGCAUACAAUCCCCUCCGAUCGUCGAGACCUCCCCUGAAGAUACAACCAGAGACGCGCCGUCAGGGAGUUCCCCGCCGGGUGGAGUUUUCGGCCGCUUCAAUGCGUACCUUAGUUCGCUGAAAUUAUUUGAAGCUCGAGGCGUAGAGCGCGUGCCUGUUGAAGAGCGCCAUGAUAUCAAAGCCUCCGAUUAUAUGCAGAUGACGCUCUUGUGGUUCAGCACCAAUAUUACUGCUAACAAUAUGGCUGUUGGUAUGCUCGGACCCCUGAGUUACGAUUUGGGGUUUGUCGACUCUGCUCUCUGUGCUACUUUUGGCGCUUUGCUUGGUGCUGCUGGGGUUGCUUAUAUGGGUACAUUUGGUCCUGCGAGUGGGAAUCGUACUAUGGUUGUCGCGAGAUACUUCAUGGGUUAUUACCCUAGCAAGAUCGCAUGUCUGCUUAAUAUCAUCAUCAUGCUUGGAUACGGUAUGAUCGACUGUUUAGUCGGUGGGCAAGUCCUAUCUGCUGUUUCCGGAGGUCGAAUGACCGUCAUCGUGGGCAUUAUCAUCAUCGCCAUCAUGACCUGGGUAGUAGUCUUGUUCGGCAUGAGGGUAUUCCAUAUUUAUGAAAGAUGGGCCUGGCUCCCCCAAUUCAUCGCCGUCUUCGUUCUUGUCGGCAGCGCAGGUCCUAAAUUCGAUACCACGAUCAGCUCAACUGGCUCUUCUGAGACAAUUGCCGGCAAUCGUCUCUCGUUCUUCUCUCUCUGUUUAUCAGCUUCAGUCGCUUGGGCCCCCGCAGGCGCUGACUUCUUCGUCUACUUUCCACCCACCACUUCAACAUGGAAGACAUUCCUUAUGACCUUCCUAGGCGUAGGUCUAGCUCUUACCUUCGCCAACGUCAUGGGCGUCGGUCUGGCCUCAGGAACUUUCACCCACGAAACCUGGACAACAGCCUACGACACCUCGUCUGGUGCCCUCAUUCUAGCAGGCUACGACGGACUGGGCGGGUUCGGAAAGUUCAUGGGCGUCCUAGUCGCACUGGGUCUUGUGGCCAAUAACAUACCUGGUACAUAUUCUGCUUCACUCGGAUUCCAGAUUAUGGGUCGCCAGCUAGCACGGCUUCCGCGAUGGUUCUACUCUUGCGUUGGCGUUGUGAUCUAUACUGCCUGUGCGCUUGGUGGACGGAAUCAUCUGUAUGAUAUCUUCGAUAAUUUCCUCUCGCUUAUGGGAUACUGGGUCACUAUCUACCUGAUGAUUGCGAUUGAGGAGCAUUUGAUUUUCCGUCGGGAGAGAGGGUUUAAUUGGGAUGCUUGGGCGGAGCCGUCUAAGUUGCCGAUUGGCAUUGCUGCUCUAUUGGCUUUCCUUAUUGGCUGGGCUGGUGCUAUUGUGUCCAUGGAUCAGAUUUGGUAUGUUGGUCCAAUUGCGAGGAUGGUUGGGGAGUAUGGGUCGGAUCUGGGGAUUUGGGUUGGCGUUUCGUGGACAAUGUUGGUGUACCCCCCGAUGCGCUGGUUGGAGUUGAAGAAGUUCGAUCGGUGA